AAGGAUAAUAGCGGGAAAGGAAUGUAUACAGUCGGUAUCGUCGGUAUAUUAUAGGCAAAUACGGAGUGAAUCGCGGUCAUCGCGGUAAUCCCAAUCUAUCGCAUCGUAGUCAUUAGCGGUCUGAGAAGUUGCUGUCCUUGUUAGAUUGUGACAUGUUACGGAAUGUUGAAAUUAAGGCUAAGGUUAGGAAUUUAGACGACAUUGUGAGUAGAGCCAAAAAAUUAAGCAAGUCAGAAGGAACAUGGAUUAAACAAGAUGAUGUUUUCUUCAGGGUACCGCAGGGCCGGUUGAAACUUCGGACAUUUGAGGAUAGAACUGCUGAGCUUAUAUUUUAUGACCGGCCUGAGGGUGAUGGUCCCAAGUUAAGUGAAUAUGAGAAAUACACUUUUCCAGAUGGUUCUAAGAUAACAUCAAUACUUACUCAUGCAUUAGGUGUCAAGGGAUAUGUCAAGAAGGACCGACAGCUGUUCAUGGUCGGGCAGACAAGAGUGCAUAUCGAUCAUGUUGAAGAUUUGGGAAAUUUUAUGGAACUUGAAGUCAUUCUGUCCAAGGACCAGACAGUGAGUGAAGGACAAGUAAUAGCAGAGUCACUUAUGACUGAUUUGGGUGUGGAGACGGAAGAUUUGAUAUCAGGAGCAUAUGUGGAUUUUCUGCUGAAAUAAAACUUAACAUUAAUUCCCAUCAGACACACACAUGAAUAAGUGAUAUGCACGAAAUGUUCAGCAUAUAUAAGCAUCCUCUCAUCUCAUUCUCUUAUAAAUAUGCUCAGUGGAUGCAAUGCUAAAUGGUUGAAACCAGACUUUGCUGCCAUUCAAAAAAUGAAGUAAAAUGAAUAAGUGGAUGACAAGGAUCUGAGAAGACUUCGUGCUUGCCACAUGGAAAGAAGACAUACAAAAAAUGCACAUCUGGAUAUCUUCGCUUUUUACAGGCACAAAGGAUAUCUGAGGAUUGAAUGAUAAUUGAUUUACCUUGCAAGGCGAAUAUUUAAUAAGCACUUCAGAUCUUUAAGGAGUGGGGUGUCUUAGUGAUUGUAAGUGCCUAAGUUUAAAUAAUUACAGAUUGAUAGACCUGAUGUUAGCAACAAGUACAUUGUAUGUGUAAUAAAGAUGCAUAAUGUUUUAUGUAUUAUGUGAAACAAAUAUGGGGAAAUGAACAUGCAGUUUUUUGAAGACAUUGUUGUGAAUCCUUAAUUAUGAAGAUUUAAUUUAGUUUAUGUUUGUAAAUCAAAUGCUGUUCACUAAUAAAGCAUGUGUAUGACUGACCUCCAGUGAUUGUCGUCACAGCCCAGUAAGUUUCCUACAAACCGUUUCAUCCUGCAUAUCUUCCCAAAAGAAUGUCCCGAGUUUUAUUCCUUAGUUUCCUUAGCUUGAAAAUACAGUAUUGUAAAAUAAGCUACCUUUGUUGUAUGUUACAUGGUCUGAAAUUAUCAUGUUUCCCUUCAUUGUGUUUUAAAAACGUUUGUCUGCUUAGAAAGGAAUUGAUGUAUACAUGUCUUCUUUGUUUGACUUUUCAGUUAUGUGUGGGACAUCUAGCAAUCAAUCCUCUACACCUAUUCCUGUGCUCCUAAAGCUUCCGAUCCACAAUUUCCUCCCACAUUCUCUCUUCCUCCUGUGAUGUUUGUGAAUGUAUAUGACAUAAUUUGCAUAUAUGAGUAUUUGUAUGGUGGUGAAGUUGUAGAGUUUAACCUUAUAUAUGAGGUUCUUCAAUGCUUGACAUGUAAGAAGUCUUCUUAAAGUAUGCAGAAUAUUGGUUCAAGAUACUUGAAUAUAUCAGUGAUCCUGUGGGAAGAAUUCUUGGUUUUAGAUGCUGAAUUUUGAUCUAUGAAAUUUCAUUCCAUAGAAACUUAAGAAAUAUAAAACUUUCAGUGGGCCUACAUUUACUUUUGAUAAAGUCCAUAAGCAUUGUGAUUACUUAAGAGAAAGUACCUUAUGGUUUAAGCAGACAGUGAAAGAAAUAAAUUUUGUGCCAAGCAUGGUGCAUAAUAUAAUGUU